AUGCCGGACUACGCGUAUAAAACGUGCGCGGAGAUGUGGCACGAUCGCGCGCGGGAGCUGGGCGCGGAGAAGCAGUACGUGAACGUGUACGGGAUCGUCAAGGAUGCGACGGCGGUGUCCAAGACGCGCGGGAGCGAUUCGAAGAUGACGUUGAAAAUCUACGACGAGACGACGACGACGGAUGCGGUGGUGUACGGAAGCGCGGAUGACUUGGAAACGGUGCCGAGUGAAUUGUCGUUGACGUUCUUCGAUCAGAAUCCGUACGAAUUGCCGAGACCGGCGGAUGGGGAUGUGAUUCGAAUUCAUCGCGUGCAGGCGCAAACGUUUCAAGGAAGGCCGCAAUUCAUCGCGAAGACUGGAUCGAUGAUGAGUUAUGGACACUCUAAGACGGCGUGGUGUUUGUUUAGCGGACGGGAUGAUAGCGAAACGCCGUACGCGCAGAGCUCGGUGAAUCUGACGCCGGCGGAUUUGAAGCGCGUGCAAGAGUUGCGCCGAUACGCGAAGCGGGCGACGUCGAUGCCGUUUUUGAACGAGUUCAACGGCGCCUCGGGGCAGAGCAAGCAGAGAAGGCUUUGUGAAAUCAAGCAAGAAGAGUUUUUCGACUUGUAUUGCUUGAUCUUGGACGCGCAUUUCGUGGAGGGCACGGAUGGUUCGUACGUCAUGCUCGUGUGGGACGGCACGGACGCGCCGCCUUUGCCGCCGUCGAUGACGACGUCGCUUUCGCAACAGCGAGAAGAGAUGCGCUUAGACGAAACAGAUUUCGAGUUGGAAAGUGCAUUAGACAAGAGACAGUUCUAUGCACACGGGUUUGAUUUCAGAGGCCAAGAUGCGGUGCCAGAAAACGAGAUCAACUCAACUGUACCGCUCAUCGGAUCGGCGCUCCCAGUCUUCAUGCACGGCGCAAAGCUCGACAUGGAUGAAGUUCCGCAACCCGGAGAGUGGGUGAAGAUUCGCAACUUGAACACACAAGUGGUGCGUGGCCAACUGCAGGGAUUUGUGCGCCGUGAGACGGCGUUCAUUCGAAACAAACAGCCGCUUCCCGCGAUUAUGGAGGCGUACCGUUUGCGCAAGCAACAAAAUUUGGUCUCAAGCUGGGGCGCCCCCGGGCACUCCACCACGAUCACCGUCACAAAGCAUCCAAACAUGCGAUACAGUACGAUUCGUGAGAUGUUAAUGACCAAGCCACCGAUGCGUCACAAGUUGCGCGUCAUAGUUAGAGGAUUUAGCCCAGACAUCGUGGAGAUGUGCCAGCUCGCGAAAGGUUCCAAAAAGUACGAGUUUGGUUGCCGUUUUCGCGUCAUUGACGGCACCGAUUCCGUCGACGUCAACCUUUACGGCGAUGAGGCGGCACAGUUCUUCCAUAACGUAACGCCGACUGAUCUGAGCAAACCAUCCACGGCGCGCGAGAGGUUGACGAAUAUGAUGGCAAAGUUGACUGUACACGAAUCCGUCGAAGAAUCGGCGCCGUGGAUCGAUUUGUGCGUCAUGCAAUACAUCGUCCGUAGCAAAAAGUCCUCCAAGCGCGUGUUUCAGGUGUUUAGCACGUCUAUGAUAGCGUGA